AUGGUUCUCAUGGACGGUUUUAGUCAUGGCGUGGACAAUCCCACGAACGGCUGGAGCGGACGAGGUGUGGAAGCCGGCGGACAAUACGGCAGUGGCAUCGAUAGAAAACACCAUUCUGACGCUCGUUUUCCAUCGUCGGACGAGCUCGUUAAGGCGGCUCAGUUGCACAACAGCGAUAAUCGCGGCGACGUUAUAUCUCAAUUCGGACGUGGACUUAACUGUGCCACUCCGUUCCUUGAAGAUGGAAUGUUUGACGGAUUGCUGACUGGUGACGCGGCGAUUCACGACCCGGCAGCAUGGACGGACCCCGCGCUUCGGUUCGCAGAGGGAUUCCUCCCAUCGUCGGGAUGCAAUGGUGUGCAGCAACCCCCACCACCGGUCGAACCGGAGCACGGAACCGAAAUUCAGAAGCAGGGACGGAAUAAAAAGACUCGUUCCGGCGCUCUCUUCGUUCCUGCUGAUGCUGCUGGUGGUUCUGGUGCUGCUCCUGCUCCUACUGCAGCUACUGCCGCUGCUGCUCCUGCUGCUGCUCCUGCUCCUGCUCCUGCUCCUGCUGCUGCUGCUGCUCCUGCAGCAUCGGCGCAGAAAUCGCGCGCGAAGAAGGCCGCCGCGCUAGCCCAGGCGAACGCGCAACGGCAGGCGCAAGAGCAAGGGCAGGCGCAAGCCUUGCUGCAAGCGCGGAAGUUAGCCGCGCAGGUUCAAAGUCAGGCGGUUCCCGCAUUGGCGGCGCAGCAGCAGCGUUUGCUGGAGCAGUCGUUGUCGCUGGUGCAACCGUUGGCGCCCCGUUCUAACGAACAGCAGCCGCAGCAGCAGCAGCGGCAGCAGCAGCAGCAGCUGCAGCAGCAACAGCAGCAGCAGCAGACGGUCAUGCCCGCCAUGCGCGCUGCCGAGAGCCUCGCGCUCGAGCGCGCGCUUACCGCCGCUGACAGGGCCGCGGCCGUGCCAGUAGCUUCCGCCGGUGUGCCACCCAGCGGGGCCGCGGAAGCAGCUGCGGAACCAGCGGGGGCAGGAGCGCCGUUUUUGGCCGUUGCGGGGAUGACGGCGGACGCGGGGGGGAUGGACGGAAUGGUGGGGGUGACGGGGGGGACGGCGGGGUGGGCUCGCGCGACGGACGCGGACAUGCUGUCGCAGCUGUUGGCGAAUUCGCGAACGCCUCUGGCGACGGACAUGGACUUGGUGUCGCAGGUGCGGCUGCGGAUGGACCCGGCGCUGCUGGCGUCUCUGGAUGCCAUGCGCGCGCACUCGCAGCACCACGCGCAGCUGCACGCGCUGCAGCAGGGGUUGCAGGGGCAACAGGCGCAGCAGGGGCUGCAGGCGCAACAGGCGCAGCAGGGGCUGCAGGCGCAACAGGCGCAGCAGGGGCAGCACGGGCAGCAGGCACAGCUGAUGCAGCAGGGGCAUCAGGGGCGGCAGGGGCAGCAGGUGCAGCUGUUGCAGCAGGCACAGGCAGGCAUGGCCGGGGGUCAGCCGUCCGUAAUGCUCACCCCAGAACUGCAGCAAUACCUAGCUGCUGCCGGGAAGCUUCCUUUCCCGGACAAAAACUUCCCAAUCUGGGAGGCUCUCCGGGCGGCAUCCGCGCAACAAGCCCCGCCUGGUUUCUCCUCCCCUCCCAUGGCCACACCCGCCACUGCCUUCCCAUCCGCCACACCCCUCCCUCCCGCCGCACCCCUCCCGCGCAUCACAGCCAUACCUCCUUCCCCCAGCAUAUUCGGCUGCACAGAGGACGUGCGCGCAGUGCACGCGCCCUCCGCGUCCGACGCGGAGCUGCGCGCGCGCCUGCUGCGCCUGGCGGAGGCCGUGGCCACCAGCGAGCAGGGCGAGAUGGCAGCGCUGACGCGCGUGCUGCGCGCGGACGCGACGCCCCACGGCACGCCCAUGCAGCGCGUGGUGCACUACCUGCUGGGCGCGCUGGGGAAACGCGCGUCUGGGAGCCUGGGGGAGGAGUAUGUGGUGGAGCCGCUGCAGACCGCCGAGGAGGAGGCUCUCAUACUCGCAUUUGCAGCGCGCAACCCACUCAUGCAGCACUGCUACACCACCAUGGCGUGCGGCAUCGUGGACACCUUAGAGCACGACCCCCUCGUGCACAUCGUUGACUUCGCCAUGUGGGGCGGCCAGUGGCCCAUCGUCAUCCGCCAGCUGGCGGCCUCCGCCGCCCGCCGCCGCCGCGAGAGCUGCACCCACGGCUGUGCUGCUGUCACCGACGGCGCUGGCGCCAGCAGCAGCAGCGGCAGCAGGAGCAGCAGCAACAGCAACAGCAACGGCGGCAGCAGCGGCGCAUGCCCCACGUGCACAGGCCCUCUCCCUCUCCACAUCCGCUACACUGCAGUCGAGCCUCCUCCCGGCCACCCCUGGGGGGCAGGCCCCAAGAUCCCCAUCCCGUUCCUGCAGGCGGAGGUGAGCGGCGCAGCGGCAGAGUGCGGAGUGGCGCUGAGCUUCCACCGCGUGGAGGCGCGGCCAGAGACGCUGCGGCCGCUCAUGCUGGGGAUAGAGCGCGGGGAGGCCGUGGUGGUGAACUGCGCGGGGAGGUUGGCCAACCUGGCGGAUUCGACUGUGCUGCGCUCCAGCCCCAAAGACACUGCCCUCUCGACCAUCCUACAGCUAGCCCCCAAGGUGGUGACGAUAGUGGAGUGGGACGCCAACCACCGGCAGCCCUUCUUCCUGCACCGCUUCCGCGACUGCCUCGACUUCUUCUCCAACGUCUUCCACUCCCACGAGCACCUCGCCUCGCGUGCCUCCUUCGGACGCCGCGGCUUCGAGGACAGAGUGCUGGCACACGAGAUGAUUAACCUGGUGGCGUGCGAGGGGCUGCAGAGGCUGGUGCGGGCAGAAACGCUGGAUCAGUUGCAUGAGAGGAUGCAGCGCAUUGGGUUUGCUCCCAAGCCGUUUUCGCGGAGGAGUAUGGCGGCGCUGGGGCAGAUGCUUGCGCCGUAUUCCAAGGGGUUUUCGGUGGUGAGUCAUCCGUUGGGGGGUGUGCAGCUGCUGUGGCAGGGUAAGUCCAUGCUUGGUGCGUCUUUCUGGCAGCCUGCGGUGGAAGGGUUGGAAUUGGGCUUGAUCAGGGGGUGUGCGGGUAAUUUGAAUGGCCGUGUGAGUGCCUUGGGGAUUACGUGA